UAAAGAUGCGAGGCUGAACAUCCUCGUUCUAAGCAUCAUCUUGCAAACACCGAGUGGACGGCAUUGCGUCGGGCGCGCCUCGCUGUUAGAAGCGAGCGCAGCAAAAACCCUCAUCAUCAUCAUCAUCAGCAGCAAAGCAAAAGUACAGUCAUCACCGCUCAUGAACUCUGUGUUUCCUUGGCAAGGCAAAGAGAGCUGAGCGUUCUCAGAUCCAGAAAACCAUUGUGAUGCGCAUGGUGAUCUUAGGUCUCCCACUCCCCCUCACGUAAUCACUAGACACUCUCGUCAUCCAGCCGAGCGGAUGCUGUCAUCCCGUAUUUCCGAUGUGCGAUUUCUCCGACGAGUGCACGGCUCGGACGGGUAGUAAGCUGGGUUGUUUGAGAUAUUCGUGGAAAUUGAGAGCUGUGCCACAUGUAGGUAUCCGGACUGUGGGCAAAUGUAUGUGGCGUGGAGAUACUUUUUUUCGUGCCGGAAGAAGACAUUGGAGUGACAAGAAGUUUGAAUGAUGAAGUGUGGAUUGAAUGCGGUGAUGCGUCAGGGACGUAGAUUUGAGAUGCGUUGUUGUGUAUGAGCUCGGUGGGGAGCUCCGAGUAAUGUAGAGAGAUGGAGUAUUGUAGCUGUGUUAGAGAUAAACUAUAGGCAGCAUGAUGCAAUA